AGGCGGGCCCAGCCGCACACAGUUGUGGUCACGUGGAACAGAGCUGGUUGGCCGCAGAGGAAGCUGGGAAAAGAUGGCGAUGGUGAGAAGUACGCUGCCGAGGAGACUGAUGGGCUUGGCGUCCCUCCGGGCUGUCAGCACCUCAUCUAUGGGAAUGUUCCCAAAUCAAGUGAAAAUUGUGGAAGUUGGUCCCCGGGAUGGACUACAAAAUGAAAAGAAUAUUGUACCUACUCCAGUGAAAAUCAAGCUGAUAGACAUGCUUUCAGAAGCAGGACUCCCUGUUAUAGAAGCUACCAGCUUUGUAUCUCCUAAGUGGGUUCCUCAGAUGGCUGACCACACUGAAGUUUUGAAGGGUAUCCAGAAAUUCCCUGGAAUCAACUACCCAGUCCUGACCCCAAAUCUGAAAGGCUUCCAGGCAGCGGUUGCAGCUGGAGCCAAAGAAGUAUCCAUCUUUGGAGCUGCCUCAGAGCUCUUUACCAAGAAGAACAUCAACUGCUCCAUUGAUGAGAGUUUGCAGCGGUUUAGUGAAGUCUUGAAGGCAGCUCAGGCAGCCAGUAUCCCUGUUCGAGGGUACGUGUCCUGUGUGCUUGGAUGCCCCUAUGAAGGAAAGAUCUCCCCGGCUAAAGUGGCUGAGGUCUCCAAGAAGAUGUACUCAAUGGGCUGCUACGAAAUCUCCCUGGGAGACACAAUUGGUGUGGGCACACCUGGUCUCAUGAAGGACAUGCUGUCUGCUGUAAUGCAGGAGGUACCUGUGGCUGCCCUGGCUGUCCACUGUCAUGACACCUAUGGCCAGGCUCUGGCCAACACCUUGAUGGCCCUGCAGAUGGGUGUGAGUGUCGUGGAUGCUUCUGUGGCGGGACUUGGAGGCUGUCCAUAUGCACAGGGGGCAUCAGGAAAUUUGGCCACGGAGGACCUUGUCUACAUGCUCACAGGCUUAGGCAUUCACACGGGUGUGAACCUCCAGAAGCUUCAAGAAGCUGGAACCUUUAUUUGUCAAGCCCUGAACAGAAAAACCAGGUCCAAAGUGGCUCAGGCUACCUGUAAAUUGUGAGCCCCUUGCCCACCCAAAGCCCUGUGGGCUUGUGGGAAUAGGACAUACAUAAACAUUAUGCAGAUGGACACGUGGAAAUGGGAUUAAAAUCAACAGGGGCAGGAACCUCAUCUCUAGUUUUGCACCUGGGUAUCACCUGACAGAAAAGAGGCAAGGGACAAAAACUGCUUGGCCUUACACCCUCCCCACCAGACCUGAGCAAGAGUAAGGCUUUGGGACUUAGAGGUCUCUUUCACCAUGGAUUCAACAGCCCAGGAGUAGUUAAAUGCCUGAAAGCACUUGGGAAUUCAACUCCUGGACUUGGGUUGAUUCUUAAAAGUCUCAUCUCGAGGUGAAAGUUAUCAGCUGGCAUCACAGCAUAGCCUCACUAUGUUCUUGGGCACAUUGCUCUCCAAUUUCAUAGGAUACAGGGCUAUGGAGGAGUCCCCUUUGCAAUUCCCCAAGCUGAAAAACAUUUGCUAAAGGGGUGAGGGUGAAGGGUACACUUCUGUGGUGGCCACACAUCAGCUUCAGCACUUCUGGAAAAUCUCUAAACAUGAUUUUUUAAACCAUCUUAUGUAAUUAAAGUUUUAAUGAUAGAACCA